CUCCGCCGUGCGUUCCGAUAGGUUUAACCGGCCUCCGCCGUCAUUCUGCCUGUUCUGUAGGGACCGGUAUAGCACUUAAUCUCAAACGCCUGUGCCGUACAAAUUUGGUGUAAGAUAAUGGCGACACAAUCUCAUGCUCAGGCGGUUAAGUCGUUGAAUAAUGGAGCUGGAAGAAGACGCUUUGUGUUUAAGACGUUUUCUCAAAGAAUCGAAGAUAUUGACGUUGAUGUUUUUCGAAGUCUCGAUCCUCUCAAGCAAGAACCCUCUGAAGGGUCAUCGUUUUUUCGCGAUUGCCUUGUUGAAUGGAGGGAACUUAACACCGCUGAGGAUUUUAUAUCAUUUUAUGAGGAAAUGUUGCCAUUGGUACAAACAUUACCGCAAAUUAUCUUACAAAAGGAGAUUAUACUUUCGAAUCUUCUUUCUAGGUUGGAUAUGAAAGGGAGACUGUCACUCGAGCCUAUUCUUAGGUUAAUAGCGGCGCUAUCUAGAGAUCUAUUGGAGGAUUUUAUACCAUUUCUGCAGAAGGUUGCAGAUUCGAUGGUUUUGCUUCUCGGUAGUGGUGCCGAUAGGGAGUCGGAAAUAAUCGAGCAGAUUUUUACAUCGUGGUCAUGCAUUAUGAUGUAUCUACAGAAAUAUUUAAUGAGAGAUGUUGUCAAUAUCCUCAAAGUUACAAAAAAGUUAAGGUUCUACCCGAAAGAUUACAUUCAGGAAUUUAUGGCUGAGUCGGUUUCUUUCGUGUUGAGGAAUGCACCUGUUGAGCAGAUUAAUAGAGGUGUCAAGAAACUAAUAUCGGAAAUAGUCACGAAACCUUUAGAAACCAGAAAAUCUGGAGCGAGUGCUUUGUUAUUUUAUGUUAUGAGAGGAUUUUCAUCAAAGUUACACUCGAGAGCCGAGCACGUGCUGCAAUUAUUACUCCACAAUGAAGUUAUUGGAAGCUGUGACAAAGACCCUGAAGGAUCAAAUCCGGUUAUUGAAGUUGUGAUCACAGUCGUCCAACGGCUAUGUGAAGAGUUGCAGUCCUCAGAGUUAAAAUUGUUGUUGCAACUUGAACAAAAAGAAAUAUAUGAAUCUGUUUCUAAAGGAGACUCACACCAUCUUACUCAUCUUCUGUCUCUGUUUAUAUCCACUUUAGAAGCUAAUAACAUGCACAGGGCAAUAGAUUUUGAACAAGUGCUUGAGCUAGUUAAGAAUCUUAUCGAGACGUUUUUAAUGCCUUCUAUCAUGCAGAAGGCCGUGGAACAAUCGUACAACGUUAUCGAUAACAUUUUGCAACUGAUGCUUUGCGUUCUUGACGGUCUUCAUAGUGGCUCUCAUGCUGGAGCUCUUGCUUCAUUGUCGAUGCAAUGGGCUCCUAUAUUUGAGAUGAGAAAUAAGAGUUUUAUGAAAUUCGUUAAGGAGUUAUUAUCCAAGGACGCUUCCAUAGUUCAGAUUUUCAGAUGUUGUAUUACAAGUGCGUUGACUGAUUUAGUCAUGAUUUCGGAGGAUGAGGCUAUGUAUCUUCUUGUUACGUUCUUCGAGAAGCUACAAUCUUUAGACUUUUGUCUGUUGGAAGAGAAGUCGAAACAGGGGGUUUCAAGAGUUCAUAAUUUUCUCCAAGAAAAUAUUACUUGCUGGAUCGGAAAGAUUAACGAUGCCGCACAUAAAGAUCCAUCUAAUGUUGAGUUUACGGCUACAGAUUUAGCUCAUAUUUGGGGAACUAUCACCUGCUAUUCUUACAUGACAGACUUCGAAGCUAAUCAUUACUUACUUAUGGAGUUUGUAGAAGCCCUUGACCGCCUUUUGAUGGUCAACUCUGAAAUUAUUGCAGCAUUGCCUAGAAGGGUUUACGAAAGUCUUAUUGGAGCGGGUUUAGCUUCUUAUCAGCGAUUGAGCUUGACAGCUAAGCAUGAUGAUUUACCAGUGGAUAAAUUAUUGUAUUUUGCCAAAAAAUACAAAUUGUCUAUCCAUAUAUUAUCUGCAGUUGCCGAUUUUUUGGAUUCUUUAGAUUCGUCCACCACACAAGCGGAUAGCACUCGUAAAAAGUAUCGUUUGGAGUUCGAGGCGGCAAAAACCAUUGAUGCGUUUAAUAUUUUUUCUGAAAAUCUAUGCCACUCCGACAAACAGAUCCGUCUUCUCACUCUAAGAAUUUUAUGCCACUAUGAAUCCUUACGUUCAGAGAAUGAUAUGAUAAUUGAUGAUCACGGUGAAAAUGUUCUCCAUUCAUUGCUUGCCAUUGAAGCAACGUCGCUUUCUAUAGCUACUAGUAGGAAAGUUGUUCUAUUGAUAUCGAAGAUACAGAUGGAUCUCUCAGCUAAAAGGAUACAUGACGCUUAUAUACCCCUUGUGUUUAACGCUGUUAUUGGCAUAUUCCAUAACCGAUUUAAUUAUUUAUGGAAUCCAGCUAUGGAAUGCUUUGUUGUUCUGGUUAAUGAUUAUCCAUCACCCGUGUGGGAAACAUGCAUGAAGUUUCUAGAUAAAUGUGUGUCUAAUUUUGCAUCGUAUCGAGCACAUUCUGAUCAAGACAACAGUGAACUACAUGGCAGUCAUGAUGAUUUGCUCGGUUGUUUUAACCAAUUUGUUGGCCCUUCAUAUGAAGACAUUCCAUCCCCAACUGUUUUAUCAUUGUUGAUUAAGUCAUUACAAAAAGUAUCAACUUUUGUGGAAUCACGUUCUCGUCAAAUUAUACCGUUGUUCUUGAAGUUUUUGGGUUAUGAGGUUGCUGAUCUUUCAAGUGUGAGAUCGUUUAGUUUGGAAGCUUGUAAAGGAAAAGUGUGGAAGAGUGUUCUUGGAGAUUGGUUAAGCUUACUGAAGCUGAUGCGCAAUCCGAAGGCCUUCUAUCUGAGUCAAUUUAUUAAGGAUGUUUUACAAUAUAGGCUGCUUGAUGAGAAUGAUUUUGAGGUGCAGUUGAAGGUUCUUGAUUGUCUGUUGAAUUGGAAAGAUGAGUUCCUCUUCCCAUAUGCUCAGAAUCUUAGAAAUUUGGUCAACCCCAAGACCCUAAGGGAUGAACUUACAAGAUGGAGUUUAUCUCGGGACUCUCAUUUAGUUAGUGAACAACACCGAGAUAGUCUUGUGCCGCUUGUCAUUCGGCUUCUUGUCUCGAAAGUUAGGAACUUGAAAACACUUGCCUCUCGAAAGGCUGCAAGCAUGCACCACAGGAAAGCAGUUAUCGCGUUCUUAGCCGAGCUUGAUAUCAACGAGCUUUCUCUGUUUUUCGCUUUAUUAAUAAAGCCGUUACAAAUCGGUUCAUCGGGUGUUGAUGAUGUGAGUGAGUUAAUCUGGAGUUCAGCGAAAACUUCUGCUAAUUUGGAUUCUUCUGCUGUUUUGAGUCAUUUUACCAUGGAUAACAUCAAGUCUUUAUCUUCAAAGAAAAUAUACGGGUUUUUACACGUCAUUGAAGAAAUUCUUGGAGUUUUUGAUGAGUCCCGCGUUAAACCUGUUCUUGAUACAUUUAUGGGAAGUGUUGUUCGGAUAUUAGCUAGUUGUGCAUCAAGUACUGAUGAGGAAGAUUGUGCGGCAGACAAGCAAUCUAUGGCCAGCUUGGCCCCAAAACAGCUAAAGGAUUUGCGAUCUUUAUGCCUGAAAAUUAUAUCUUCGGUACUAAGUAAAUUCGACGAUCAUGAUUUCUCUGUGGAAUUCUGGGACAUUUUCUUUUCAGCGUUAAAACCGUUAAUUGACGGUUUUAAACAAGAAGGUGCCAGCAGUGAGAAACCGAGUUCACUGUUUGUUUGUUUUCUUGCUAUGAGUAAAAGCCACAAACUCGUCUCACAAUUUCAGAGGGCGAAUAAUCUUGUACCGGAUAUAUUUUCGAUUUUAACGGUGCCGACAGCGUCGGAAGCGAUUAUAUCAUGUGUUCUUAGAUUCAUCGAGAAUCUUCUUAAUCUAGACAAUGAGGUUUCGAGUCAUGACUCUAAUGUUAAAGGAAUUCUACUUCCUAAUGUCAAUACGCUUGUCUGCUGCUUGCAUCACCUUUACACAAGCAAAAAUACUAGCAGGAAAUCUCUCAAACCUUCCGAUGGGAAAGAGCUUAGCAUUUUCAAAUUAUUACCGAAAUAUAUCGAAGAUCCGUCACUUGCGAAAAAGUUCGUUGACAUUUUGCUUCCAUCUUUAACGAAGAAACCGCUGGACUGGGAUUCAUGUGUCGAGACUAUGCAUGUUAUUCAGAAAAUGGUCCCGAUGUUGGGAAGUGAAGGCAGUUCGAGAAUGCUGAAUACUAUUUCUCCGCUUCUUAUACAUGCCACCUCAGAUGUCCGGUUGGCUAUAUGUGGUAUCCUUGAUCUUCUUGCUGCAAGUGACCCUUCUUUAGUCCACGUGGCGGAACUUUUACGGGAAUUAAAUGCUACAUCUUCCAUGGAGAUGGACGUUCUUGAUUAUGAUGUCAUAAUUAGUGCUUACGAGAAAAUAAAUAUUGAUUUCUUUUGCAGCGUGCGAGAGGAGCAAACAUUAAUCAUCUUGUCACAUUGUGUACAUGACAUGUCAUCACAGGACUUAAUUUUGAGGAACAGUGCGUAUAGACUUUUGCUUUUGUUUCUUGAAUUCUGUCAGAAGAUCAUUUCCAGUGAAAUGGAAUCUAAUAACGCGUGUUGGACUGAAAUACGCGUUCGUAAUAUAAUAAAUAACUUCUUUUUGAAGUACAUGGGGGAUGCUAUGAACAGAGAAACUUCCGUUAUAAAGGUUUGGAUGGAUUUACUACGGGAGAUGGUGUUGAGGCUUCCAAAUGUGUCUAAACUUGAAUCGUUACAUGCUCUUUGCAAUGAAGAUCCAGAGCAAGAUUUCUUUAACAAUAUUGUUCACUUGCAGAAGCAUAGGAGAGCACGGGCAUUGAUGCGCUUCUGCAGUGUUGUUCGUGAUCACCAAUUGUCGGAGGUUAUUACACACAAAGUGUUGGUCCCGCUAUUCUACAAUAUGCUACUUGAAGUAAAAGACGGAAAAGGAGAGCAUCUUCGAAACGCGUGCAUUGAAGCCCUUGCAUCGAUUUCUGGUUCCAUGAGUUGGAAACAGUAUUACGCACUCUUGAACAAAUGCUUCAAAGAAGUCAAACUUAGACCCGACAGACAAAAACUAUUUUUGAGACUUAUUUCCUCGAUCAUUGACCACUUCCACUUUCAAGAAGUCAAACCCGGAAAGUCAACAGUCUUGGUCAAAUGUACCACAACCGAUGAACAUGAACAUUCUGAUGUUCAAAAUUCUCUUCAUAAUAACGUUCUGCCGAAAGUACAAAAGCUGUUGACUUUGGAUACCGAUAACGUCAAUGUUAACGUGAGUCUUGUUGCCCUCAAGUUGUUAAAACUUCUUCCUGGAAACGUAUUAGAGGUUCAACUUCCGACGAUAAUUCACCGCGUUUCAAACUUUUUAAAAAAUCGUCUCGAUAGCGUUCGCGAUGAAGCGCGGUCGGCUCUUGCCGCUUGUUUGAAAGAGUUAGGGUUAGAAUAUCUCCAGUUUGUUCUUAACGUGUUAAGAUCGACUUUAAAACGAGGAUUUGAGCUUCACGUGCUUGGAUAUACCGUCAAUUUCAUUUUGUCGAAGUGCUUAACGGGUCCCGUUUGCGGGAAGUUGGAUUAUUGUUUAGAGGAUAUUCUCUCGGUGGUGGAAAACGAUGUUCUCGGUGAAGUUUCCGAAGAAAAAGAGGUUGAUAAAAUCGCUUCGAAAAUGAAGGAAACCAGAAAAAAGAAGUCGUUUGAGACGCUUGAGUUAGUUGCGGAAAACGUCACGUUUAAAACCCAUGCGUUGAAGAUAAUGUCAUUUGUCACACGUCAUCUGCAGAAACAGUUGACCCCAAAGUUGAAGUCAAAGUUAGAAACUAUGUUACGUCAUAUAGCUUUGGGUAUUGAACGUAACCCGACCGUGAACCAGGAAGAUAUUCUCAUCUUCACUUACGGUUUCAUCGAAGACGACGUGAACGGAAACCAAGCGAGUCAACAUAAGUUCUCACAUCUAGUUACAGUAUUUGCUCUUGGAAUUUUGCAUAACCGAAUAAAGAAAAUGAUAACUAAACAAAACAUAGAGCAAGUAAUGUCGUUAUUGGACCCGUUUGUCGGAUUAUUAUGCGGUUGCUUAAGCUCAAAAUUUGAAGAUAUCACAUCCGCAUCUCUUAGGUGUCUUUCACUUCUCGUUAAAUAUCCGUUACCGUCACUCAAGUCGCAAGCUGAUAAUAUCAAAACCGCACUCUUUGUUAUCCUUCACGGGUCCGUUAACGCUGGAACUCCAUUGGCUGAAUCGUGUAUUCGGUUAUUAACGGUUCUGUUAAAAAGCACCAGUAUUACACUUUCAUCUGACCAAAUGCACAUGCUUCUUCAAUUCCCGGUUUUUGUUGAUCUUCAACGAACUCCGUCGAUUGUUGCGCUUUCGUUAUUGAAAGCGAUUGUGCGCCGUAAAGUUGUGGUUCCGGAGAUUUAUGAUCUCGCUAACCAAGUUGCUGAGUUAAUGGUAACGAGUCAAGUGAAACCGAUACGCAAGAAAUGCAGUAUGAUUUUUCUAAGGUUUUUGCUCGAUUAUUCACUUUCGGGGAAACGGUUGCAACAACAUCUUGAUUUCUUGCUCUCUAAUCUAAGAUAUGAGCACCCGACUGGAAGACAAGCGGUGCUUGAUAUGCUUAUUGCUAUUAUUAUGAAGUUUCCGCAACAAGUUCUGGAUGAGCAAUCGCAAACUAUUUUUCUCCAAUUGGUUGUUUGUUUGGCAAACGAUUGCGAGAACGAAGUCAGAUCUUUGGCUGGGGUUGCUAUAAAAUAUCUGAUUAUGAAUGUGGGAUCAAAAAGUCAACGGUCUAUAUUGAAUCACACACUGUCUUGGUUUUCAGGAGAGAAACAAGGCUUAUGGAGUGCUGCAGCACAGGUAUUGGGACUGAUGGUAGAAGAAACGAAGAAAGGCUUUGCAAAACAUAUCGAUGAUACUUUUCCUAUAAUGAGACGCAUACUUUCAUCUGCGGUCAACAUCUUUAAAAAUGGUCAAGCUGAUCUUUCCUGUGAAACGACAAUUCCCCUAUGGAAGGAAGCUUACUACUCACUCGUUCUUUUCGAGAAGAUAUUACUUCAAUUUCCUCAUCUUUCGUUAGGAAAAGAUCUUGAGGACAUAUGGGAAAUGAUAUGUGAAUUCUUGCUGUAUCCACACAUCUGGUUGCGAAAUAUAUCAAACCGUCUUAUUGCUUUGUACUUCAAGUCAUUACCUACGACCAGCGAUUGGACCGGAAGCAUUUUUUUAACGAGACCGAGUAGAAUGUUCUUUCUCGCAGUUUCUUUCUGCUCUCAAUUAAAGGCAUCACUUACCGAUGCGUUAGAAAACGACUAUCUUAGAAAAAACACUGCAUUUGCACCGCUUAAAUUAGAUUCAAUGUGGCAAAAUAAGAAAAAAGAUGAAAAAAAUGAUAAAGAUGGAAAAAAAGAAAAAGAUGAAGAAAAGCAUCCGAAACCUUAUCUUGUUCUUUGGAAGAAUAUCGUGUUUGCGAUUCUGCGUUUACAUUCAAUGUUAGGACAAGAAAAGGAGUCUCUAGUGUUCUGGUCAAAUGUAGAACAAAAAGAUGAAGAGAUUCUUUUAAGAGCUUUUGUGAUUCUUGAUUCGAGAAAAGGAAGAAGUAUGUUUGCGUCGCUCGCAUCGGGGCUUAAUGGUCGUAUUGACGUGGAGAAUUGUGAGAAUUAUAGGUUUUUGCUCAUCUCUUCUUUAGUUAAAACGAUGGGGAAGAUUGCACUUGAUAUGGAGGAAGUUCAGAUGAGACUCGUUUUUGAUAUUUUCGGAACAAUAUCACCAAAAAUCCUUGAUAGCAAUGAAAUUAAUGAAAACGCUGAGCAAAAAGAUGGUCAAACUCUUGCUUAUCAAGUGCUCCUUCCUUUAUACAAAAUCUGCGAGGGAUUUGCUGGAAAAGUUCUCUCUGAUGAGGCGAAGCAAUUUGCACAAGCGGUGCGGGAUAGCAUCAGAGACGUGAUCGAGGCACAGAAUUUUAGCAAAGUUUAUAAUUCGAUCCGGAAAAAUCUCAAGGCAAAAAGAGAUAAAAGAAAACAAGGGGAAAAGAUCAUGGCAGUUGUUAACCCAGAGAGAAAUGCAAAGAGGAAGCUUAGAAUUGCUGCCAAACAUAAAGUCAACAAAAAAAGGAAAAUAAUGACUAUGAAGUUUGGAAGAAACUGGGUAAAUUAAUCAUUUAUCUCCCAAUUUUGUUUUUUUCUUUCACAAGUGUAAGAAAUUACUUUUUUAUUGUAAAAGGCUCCCAUAACAUAUGUUUUUGAUAGAAAACUAGAAACGAGUAUUUACCUGUUUCAUGAUCGGUGGUUCAACGCAAAUAUUUACCAACA